AUGGGGGACAUAUUUGAUGUAUUCACUCUGGAUCUGUCUGGACACUCGCCCGCCAUCCACCGGGCUCUACGGCUGAGGCCGGAGAAGGCGAAGCGAGCAGCAGCCUGUUUGUGGGAGCUGCAGCCGCCGCCGCCCCCUCCAUCGCAGCCCCAGCUCAGGGCAUCUUCUUCCUCCCUCCCUACAGCUGCCCUCCCUGGCCGGCCCACGGAGAACCCGCGCCCAACUCGCUCAUCCAUCCCCACCCGGCUCGCCCGGCCUACACACCCACACGGGGACCUCAGCCCAGGCUGCUCGGGCGGGAGACCCGGGGCAAGCAAGGCCGCGGGGCCGGGGGUCGGGGCCCGGAGGCCGGGAGGAGACGCAGGAAACACUGGUCUCGGAGGCGGGCGAGAGCUGGGCUGGGACGGGGCGGCUCCGGCGACUCGGGCCUCAGGGGCCACGGUCCGCCCGCCCGCCCGCCCGCCCGCUCGCUCCCCCGGCCUGCCCGCCAAGGCGCAGGAAACGCCGCCGCCUCGGCUCCACUCACGCUCAAUUCAAACUGUCACCGCGGCCGCCUCCCCUCCCCUCCCCCCGGCCGCCGCGCCCCGGGCCCGCCGCCUCCCUGCCGCGACGCUCGCCCCUCUAGCCCCAGGGCGUUCCCCGGCUCGUCCGGGGGUCGCCGAGGACCCGCGCGUCCCGACCCGGGGCCGGGAUCGCCGGCGGCCGGGAGCUGAGGCUCACCCAUGCCCCGGCGCGGCGCAGCCGGCGGAUUCUCCAAAGCCACCUACGCCGAUUCCGCAGCGUAGCCGCUCGGCGUCGCUGCCCCACUUACGCACGCGGCAGCAGGCGGACUGCCCCACUGGCUCUCGCCCGCCCUGA